UUUGCUCUGCAGCAGUGCAGGCUUCUCGCGCGCUUUGCACCUGGCAGGACCCAGCAGCGCGCGAAACUCGGAGGCGGGACGCGAGCUACACACAUUUAGCGGUUAGCAGCAGUCCUACAGCAAAUAACUCGCUGUUACUCGAGGAAAGUAAAUACUAUGAAAAAACUGCAUGUUAAGCAGAUAGACCUUUCUGGAAAGGAAGAAUUUAAAGACUUCAGAAACGUGGCAUUGGUUCCCAUGGAAACAUCAUCAUCAGAUGAUAGCUGUGAUAGUUUUGCUUCAGACAAUUUUACGAACAGUAAAGCAAAAUUCAGAGCAGAGAUCCUGACAGACGAAUUGGCUCAGAUUUUUAAUGAGGAUUCUGACAACGAAUCAUUCGAUGGUUUUUCUGAAAGUGACCUCAAAGAUGUUAUGGAAGCAAUGAGCGUUGAAUCAUCUGAAUCCGAAGAAGAAAUAACUUAUGAGGAUGAUGUAAAAUCUGCAAAGACUGCCAAAACACGGAGCAAACAAUCUUUCCCAUUACGUGUGGCAUUCAGAUUUCCAACUCAGAAAAACAAAAUUCUGCCAAUAGCAGACUCUUGUGCUUCUUUAAAUAAGGAUUCGGCUUCUGAAUCUGAUUCUGAUGUGGAUGAACCCAGAGGAACAAGCUUUCUUGAGAAAAGAGCUCUAAAUAUUAAGGAAAACAAGGCUAUGUUGGCCAAAUUGAUAGCAGAGCUGAAGACUGUUCCAGGACUUCUGCCACGCAGAGUUUCAGUUCAAGGAACGCCAUCAAAACCAAAGCGUCCGCCACGAAAUGCAUUCUCAGAAAAUGCUUCUAGACGAAAUCCUGAGCGGUGUGCUCGGCCUCACACUCGGUCGAGAUCUUUGAUUGAUGGUCCUCCUUCUCCAUCAUUUGAGCAAGAAGAUAAUGUCAGCUUUAUGAGGAAAAGAAAGUUUCUGGAUAAUGACUUCUCUGAGGAUGAAGUACCUCUUCGCAGAAGAAGUCGACCCAGCAUUCUUACCAUUCCACAUGUGGUUCGAUCAGUUGAGGACAUAACACAAGAGGAAUUGGAAAAUAUUUCUUUCUCAGCUAAAGACAAAAUUUAUAGUCGAACCACAGGUUCCACUUGCCACCAAUGCCGUCAAAAGACUAUUGAUACAAAAACCAAUUGUCGAAACCCAGAAUGUGUCGGAGUCCGUGGACAGUUCUGUGGGCCAUGUCUUCGCAAUCGCUAUGGUGAAUUUGUUAGAACUGCUUUAUUGGAUGCUAAUUGGCAUUGUCCACCUUGUAGAGGAAUUUGCAAUUGCAGCUUCUGUCGACAACGUGAAGGUCGCCGUGCCACAGGUGUUCUUGUUUACCUGGCCAAAUAUCAUGGAUAUGAUAAUGUUCAUGCUUACUUGAAUAGCCUGAAAAAAGAACUUCAAAUGGAAGAUUAACAAGCUACAGUGAACCAGUUUCUUGGAAGCAAUGCAGAUCCUUUGAUAAAUUUACUUUGUUUUCAUAAUCCAUUCUUGUUUUAACAAUUCUUGCUAAAUACCUGGGCUAGGUUUACAAAAAUAUGCUUUAGCAUAGAUCUUCAUUUACAAUAUUUUGGAUACUGAACAUACCUAGCAUUGUUGUGUUAUGGGAGGUGAGGAGGUUGCACAUGCUCUUAGAUUUGUAAAUGUGAUUGUUCAAUUUUAGUCUGACACAAGAUAGACAUUAUUUUAGGACAUUGACAGCAAAAAGAAAUUGCACAGUAGCAUGCUUUUGACAGCACAUAAAUCCUUCAGUAGUCCACUGUCAUUUUAUUCUACUUUGAUAGCCCUAUUCUAUAAUAUCGUCCAAUUUUAAAUAUCCAGCUGCUCAAUUGUAAAUGUCAUCUCAUGUGUACUUAAGUCAAAACCAAUUGCUCACAAAAUCUUAAAACUUGUUUGGUUCAGAAAUGUUCUAGAGAUUGACUUUCACUCUAAAUUAUGCAGUUGGACUUUUAAAUCUCAUUAAAUCAAAUUAACCAUUCCUAUCUAGUACCGCAUGUACCAGUAAAUUUUGCUACUUUUUAGCUUUGCAGCUUAUACCAAGACUUUACUGCUACAGGCCUUUCUACAUGAAAUUUAUCAUACAUAACUAAUAUGUGAUUGCUUAGCUACAUCUGCACCCCACUUGGUGCAAGCACUUAGCCACACUAAUGCCCCAUGUUUUUAGUGUGCAAGUGGAAUGUUUGAAGUUACCCUUCCCACUUUUACAUUGUAAGAGAGGGAUUUACAUCGCAAAAUGCACUCUAGUUGAACCAUACAAAAUUGAGUAAAUUUGCAUCUAAAAGGUACUUGAAUGCCUGGGAAGGAGGAUGAAGUAUUUGCUGUUUUGCGUUUUAAUGUUAUAUUUUGCCACUUGUAUCAUGUUAGGAUUGAUUUUGUGGUAUGUUCCUAAUGCUGGCUAUCUGCAAGAGAACAAAUGAAUUUAAGCAGAAGCUAUCGAUCAGAUUAGUGUAAAUGAUGAAGUAUUAACAUACAUUGUUGCCAAGUUGCAGUCAUUGUUUUGCUAGUGGUAACGUGUUGAUUUUUUUUAAUGUUCUGAAUAUAUAUAAAAUCUUUAUUUUUGAAUAUUUUAAUUGUGCAAAUACUUUACACAAACACCUGAAUUUGUUUAUUAAUAACCAUGCUGGCAAAUACUGACAGAUUUACAUUUUGUCACUCCUGGAAUUUAAAUAGUUAACUAUUGCUAAUGAAAGCCAAUAUAGGAAGAAAUAUACUGAAAUUGAAACCCUGCAACUGAAUAGAGGUAUAUUUCAGUAAGUAUUAUAAUUGCAUGUGCCAUGAAUUUCUUUUCUCCUAAUCUAAUAUAGUCACAGUGUAUUUACUCAGGGUUUCCACAGAUAUUGAAAUUUUUGAUUCUCUUAAUUAGCAUAACAUUUUGAAAUAAGUUUCUCAAAAGCCUACGACUGCUGAACUUUAAUGUGAAAUUUUGAGAAAAAAUAUUAGUAUGUCUAAACUGCAUAUUUCUUUAAUAAUAUUCCUCAUAAUUGGCUCAGUGUCAGAAAGCAGCCAUGUUAGUGAAAUAAAAACUCCAGUAAAAGUAUACUAAAAUUUAAAAUCGCACCCAACGUUGAACAUUUCCUGAAACUCUGUUUGUUACAGCUAGAUAACAAAAAAACUAAUUUGGAGGAGGAUGGUUUGAGAAAGCACAAGCAGGUUUUAUGCUGGAUUCUAAUCUCAGGACUGUAUAAGACAGCUUGUAAACCCAAGUUCUGUUACUAGCUGUACAACAUACUCAGGUGGCAAAACAAACUCUACACUUGUCACUUUAGCUCGCCAUACUUGAAUUGCAAUAACAAACUUGUGCACCUUCCAGGUUGGAAGCGAAAUGGCCUGACUCUAUUCUCCUGAGUCAGUGGUAGUACAGACAUUAAACUAUGUAGCGUAUAGCUAGAUUACAAACAUCAAACACAACCACCCAAACUAAUGUCAUAUUUCCCAAAACCACUUAAACACACAACAAUAAUGCAACACCAGCAAGAAUCCAUUUUGCAGCUCUCUCUUUUGUUUUCAAAUUGAAAGUGCAAACGUAGGUAGGUCCUCUAAGUUUUGUCUUAUAAACAGGACAUUCAUAGAUAUUUCUCAUUUCCUGUUUGUCAUUGGGGAUUGCUUUAACAAAUAUGACAGGCAUCAGAGGUGUCAGUUCUUUCACCCAGGCUUCUGCUAUAUGGCCAUUCUGGAUGUCCCAGCGUGCUCCUGUCACAUAAUAAGAAAAGGACAAAGUAAGUUAUUUGCAAAACGCAUAAGAUUACUUGUUUCAGUUAAGAAGCACUGCAUUUUGGAAACUAAACAGACAAUAAAAAUAAUAAAUGUGAAGUGCAUUGUCCUCAUUUUGUUUACCUUCCAUAUAGAGUCCAGAAAUGUAUGCUCCUUCUCUGGCAGGUUGUGCAAAGUCUUCCUUCAGUUUUUUAGUGACAUCCACUAUCAGGUGCAUCUUAUCCAGGGGCCACUCAUUUUUCCUUGCCAAACUUUGCAUUACAGCUGAAAUAAAUUUUUAAAAUUUAGCAAAUCAAAUAGUCAUGCAUUUGCCUUGGUGCACAAAUGCAUCAUAACUUUGCACAGAAUUUUGCAAGUAUUAGAUGUUGAUUUCAACCAUGCUGUUAAAGUUUUUGAAUAUUGUGUGAAAUAUCUUGCAUUC